CCUCCUCUGUCUUUUUAUAGCUUUCAUUACCCUAAAAACAUCAAGAUCAAAAAUCUAACCUUCUCUUCUCUCAAUCUAGGGUUUUCAAUUUUCUUUUUUCUCCAAUUCUGAAUCAGAUAAGAAAUCAAGAUUUUGUAGCUCAAUUUUUCAUAGUGUAGUUUAUUAGAUCACAAAAGAAAAUCUUGGAUCCAAAAUUUUAGGGUUAUUUUGUUUUUGGUUUUUGAGAUCUGAGGGUUUGUAAUAAUCAGUUUUGUUAGAGAAAGUUUGGAUUUUUAGUUUUUAAGGUUUUUUGAAUUUGGAUUUGGUUAUAUUGUGAUGGGGAAGGUAACAGUAGGAGUUACAAUAGUAUGUGCAGCAGCAGUAUGUGCUGCAGCUACAUUAAUUGUAAGACAUAGGAUGAAAAGUUCAGGGAGAUGGACAAAAGCGAUGUCUAUAUUAAAAGAAUUUGAAGAAAAGUGCGCUACUCCAAUUGGGAAACUCAGACAAGUUGCUGAUGCUAUGACUGUUGAGAUGCAUGCUGGUCUUGCUUCUGAAGGUGGUAGUAAGCUCAAGAUGCUUAUCAGCUAUGUUGAUAAUCUCCCCACUGGUGAUGAACAUGGACUAUUCUAUGCUUUGGAUCUUGGAGGUACAAACUUCCGUGUGUUGCGUGUACAACUGGGUGGAAGAGAUGGGCGUGUAGUUAAACAAGAAUUUACAGAAGUUUCAAUUCCUCCGGAAUUGAUGACUGCCACUUCAAGUGAACUAUUUGAUUUCAUUGCUAAAGAACUCGCAAGAUUUAUAGCUACAGAAGGAGAAGGUUUUUUCCUCCCUCCUGGUAGUCAGAGGGAAUUGGGUUUUACUUUUUCAUUCCCUGUCAAGCAGUUAUCAAUCGCAUCUGGAACUCUUAUCAGGUGGACAAAGGGUUUCUCCAUUGCUGAUGCGGUUGAUAAAGAUGUGGUGGGAGAACUAACUAAAGCCUUAGACAGACAGGGAAUUGACAUGCGCGUGGCUGCUCUGGUGAAUGAUACAAUUGGUACAUUAGCUGGAGGCAAAUAUUUCAAUAAUGAUGUUGCAGCUGCAGUUAUCUUGGGUACAGGAACAAAUGCUGCAUACGUAGAGCGUGCACACGCGAUUCCUAAGUGGCAUGGUCUCCUACCUAAAUCAGGAGAAAUGGUUAUCAACAUGGAAUGGGGUAACUUCCGUUCAUCACACCUUCCGGUGACUGAAUAUGACCAGGCAUUGGACCAAGAGAGUCUCAACGUUGGUGAACAGAUUUUUGAGAAGAUUAUUUCUGGGAUGUAUUUGGGAGACAUUGUACGUAGAGUCCUCUGCAAAAUGGCUGAAGAGGCUGAAUUUUUCGGUGAUGUUGUUCCACCAAAACUUAAGACUCAAUUCAUCUUGAGGACCCCUGAAAUGUCUGCCAUGCAUCAUGACACAUCCACAGAUUUGAGAGUGGUUGGAAGCAAAUUGAAGGACAUCUUUGGGAUAUCUAGUACUUCCCUUAAAACAAGAAAAGUUGUUAAAGAUCUCUGCAACAUUGUUGCCACACGUGGUGCCCGUCUUUCCGCCGCAGGGAUCUUGGGUAUACUGAAAAAGAUGGGAAAAGACACAGUGAAGGAGGGAGAGAAACAGAAGACUGUUAUUGCCAUGGAUGGAGGAUUAUUUGAGCACUACACUGAAUUCAGCUCCUGUCUGGAGAGCACCCUCAAUGAGUUACUCGGAGAUGAAGUUGCACAUACCGUUGUUAUCGAGCACGCAAACGAUGGCUCUGGAAUUGGAGCUGCUCUUCUUGCAGCUUCUCAUUCUCAGUAUCCCGAAGUCGAAGAAUCCUUAUAAGACACUAUUGAGGAAACAAAUAUUUUGUUGAGUAAUAUUAUUUUCUUUUCUUCUUUUUCAGUCACUUCUUUCUCCUUUUUUUAUUGGUCAGUCGCUGGGCAUGGUUAAUGUGAUAGGUGGAUUGAAUUGUGUAUAAUUGCAGAACCUGAAAGUGUCUUGUGAUAUCUCACUUCGGUCUGCCUUCUGCCCAUUUUCUUCUUUCUUGUUAUAAAUUACAUACUUGAUGGCUUCGUAUAUGGGCGUAAUAUAAGUCAAAUACACUGUAUUUUUCCCUUCUGUUCUAAAUAAAAUGGGAAAUGAGACUGUUCUUUUACUUCA